AUGCAUUAUCAGUCGUUAUUGUUUGCCGUCCCCUUGCUGGUAGCCGCCCAGUCCGACCAGGUUGAUGCUUACGUACCCCAGAAUGUGACCUGCCCCAAGGACUUAAAGGUCAUCGGCGCAGGAAAUCUCUCGGCUGAGGAGCGGAAGUGGAGAGAUGGCCGUCUGAUGAAGGCUCAUGCCGCCCUCGGCGACUACCUUGAGAACGCAAAGAUACCCGACUUUAACAUCUCCAACUUCACCAAUAGCCUGAAGGCCGAGGAUGCCCCAGUGGUUGGUCUUGCCAUCUCUGGAGGCGGUACACAGUCUGGUGUUGGUGGUCUCGGUAUCUGGCAAGCCUUCGACUCUCGCUAUGGCCCAGCAGUAGAUGCUGGCACGGGUGGUCUGACUCAGCUACUCUCGUACCUCACGGGACUCAGCGGAGGAGGUGCAGUCACUGUCGCUGCGCUCUCAGCCAACAACUUCUCAAGUACUGAGGAGCUCACGAAGGCGGUUAAUUUCUCUGUCAACUAUGUCGUUGGCCCUGAUGGCAAUGCGACUGAAUAUCAAACCAACAUCUUCGAGAACGUUGGUGCUAAAGCUGAAGCUGGCUUCCCUGUCUCUGCCACUGAUGCGUUCGGUCAGUUCUGGUCAACGUAUCUCAAUGAAGACUGGAUGUUUGGAAACUUUUCUGACGUGGCUGCCAAUGGCACAUCGUUCACAGCACACGAAGGUCCUAUGCCGUUGGUAUCCUUUGCCGAGGUCCUGCCCGGUUACUCACCACAAGUUCAUGGCAUCUUUUACCCCGGUAACAAUGGUACAAACGGCUUCGAGCUGACCGCUUAUGAGAUCUCCCCUUUCUACUUUGGCAGCUGGGCAGGUGGCCGCGUACAGGCUUUCAUGCCCACCAAGUACCUCGGCACCAACAUGAGCGAUGGCAAGCCGACCAGUGACCAGUGUUUUGUUGGCUUCGACAAGAUGACUUUUGUGCAAGGUACUACCGCGACAGCUUUCAACUUCUGGUUCAUUGACGACUGGUACGGCAUCCCAUUGUUUGCGAAGCGCGCCUUAUCCCGCCUCUGGCGCAGACAGUCCGAUGACAUCCAAGUCCCGCCCGAUCAGGAAGACAAUCCGCUCGUGGAGAUCGUGAACCAGACUGCCACUUACUUCAAUGAGUCUUUCGGUGACGCCAUGUACGCCAUAUAUCCGAACCCUUUCAACAAUCUCAAGAAUGCACCAUACAUGAAGAAUAACAGCUACCUCCUUCUACUUGAUGGCUCUGAAACAGGCGAGACAAUCCCCAUUAGGCCACUCAUCACCCCACACCGCGCCGUUGACUUCAUCAUUGCCUACGACUCCUCCUCAGAUGAGCCUAUGUACGACUGGGUCAAUGGCACCAAUCUGUACAACACCUACCGUGCUUCAAACGGCUCCCGCGGCGCGUUGCCCUUCCCAGAGAUACCCCCAGCCACCACGCUUGUCAACACCAACGCCACCUCCCGCCCCACCUUCUUUGGCUGCGAUGCUGCCGCCGAUGUUCCCCUCGUCCUAUACCUCCCAAAUUACCCCUGGUCUGCCUACACGAACUUCACCUACACCAAACCGAGCUUCACAGAUGUGCAGUUGAACACCACGCUAGAGAACGCCUUCAACGUGGCGACAUACGGAAACGGAAAAGCGCCCAACGGCGAGGGCGAGGGCUGGGCAGCGUGUCUGGCCUGCGCGGUCAUCAAGAAGAGCUUGCAGCGUGCCAAGAUGAAGGAGCCAGAGGCCUGCACCAAGUGCUGGGAGCAGCAUUGCUGGAACGGGACCAUGAACAAUAAGACCGUGGACGUUGGAAGUGGGCCGAGGCUUGUGCUGAACGACACGUUGAGCUUUGCGGAGUGGAACAAGACCGUGUGGGAGAGUCAGGGCGAUGGAGCCGGGUCGGGGUCGAACUAA